AUGUGGCUUCGUGUUGCAGCCUUGGCAACAGGCAUUAUUUCGUGUUCCGUUCUUCUCGGACAACUCAUCUACCUUCCUUACAUCAUUUCACAAACCGAAACUGCUCAUGUUCUCGUCAUGCAAAGAGUUGAAAGUUUCAAGUUGUUGGAAAAAGAACUCGCCGAGAGCAUGUCCGACCUUUCAUUUAUGACAAUCUCUAAACGUUCCAUUGUUCACUGCGAACCCGGUUAUCCAGGACCUCCAGGCCGCGACGGAAAUGACGGAGCACCGGGUAAAGAUGGGCCGAAAGGAAUCCGAGGAUUAGAUGCCAGGGACAUUAUGGAGGAGCUGCAGAACAAGCAAGAGUGCAUUGUCUGUCCGCAAGGCGAAGUCGGACCCACCGGGGCUCCUGGAGAUCGAGGAGAACCAGGAGACAAAGGGGAGAAAGGAACCCCAGGAAUACCCGGAGAAGAUGGAAUCGAUGGUGAUCAAGGAGAGGAAGGACCGGUUGGACCCCCAGGACCGCCCGGAAAUCGCGGAAGGAAGGGACCAGACGGCAAAUCGGCAAUGGGUGGAGUCGGAGAACCAGGACCGAAAGGAGUCAAAGGGGCACCUGGAGGUCCGGGAUUGCAGGGCCCGCGAGGAAAACGCAAUUAUAUUUAUGGACCUCCUGGUCCCAUGGGCCAGCCCGGACCAUCAGGAUUAGAUGGAAUACCAGGAAAUCAAGGAGAACGUGGUCCGAAAGGUCCGCCUGGAGAACGAGGAGCCGAUAUCAAGUUCUGUGCAUGCCCGUUGGAGUUGGAACUAUUGAAGCAUCCGAAAAAGAAAUACAUGGGAGACGCAAAACCGCCUGGAGCAAAGACAACGACUACAGAGUCAACAGUAGAAGCUGAAACAGCCGCUGCAAUGGAUACGACGACUACAACCACGACGACACAACCGCCAGAAUCUACAACAACGCGGGCAACUACGACGUCUACAUCAUAUCAAUUGAGCCCUGAGUCAUCGGAACAAUUUAUGUCUGCAGUUCAGCAAACCGUGAGCAGUGAGUCAGAGGCUGAACAGCAACCAGAGAACACCGACGCUGGAAAUGAGCAGCAUGGAGAAACUUCGCACGAAUCACUAUCACCGGGCUUGUUUGGAAAUGCUCCUGGAACGAACUCCGGCCCAAAUCCUCUUCAAAAUCAUCAACAACCAUUACAAGUUGGAGAUGAAUCUGAGCAACUCAUCGAUGUCCCAACCGAAUUUGGUGCCGAAGCACCGUCCAGUCAAUUACCGCUAGAAGUUCUGAAUCAAGAAGAUGAAUACGAGGAUCUUUAUACAACAACAACGCGGCGAUUCCGAUAUGUCACAAAGAAGCCACUUCGUUAUGAUUAA